GUGUUUGUCCACCAAGUGGGUAAAAGACCAUUAUAUACCACCCACUGAGACUCAGCCUGGCGACGACCCACCAUAUCAACAUGAAGUGUCCGGGAGUUGGCAUGGAGAUUGCCAAAACCCUGGAAGGGAGGAUCAUGUUAUUUGAUGGUGGGAUGGGAACAAUGAUCCAGAAACUGAAGUAUGAUGAAGAUGAGUUCCGUGGAGAAGAGUUUAAAAACCAUUCAAAGUCAUUGAAAGGUAACAAUGACCUUCUGACCAUUACACAACCUGAUGCCAUCUUCAAAAUUCACAAGGAUUAUUUAUUAGCUGGAGCAGAUUUUGUUGAAACAAAUACAUUUAGUGGAACAAGAGUAGCCCAAGCAGAUUAUGGCUUGCAACAUAUAGUCUACAGAUUAAAUAAAGAAUCAGCAGAAUUAGCUAAAAAAGCAGCUAAGGAGGUCAUGCAAGAGACAGGUGUCCGUCGCUACGUUGCAGGAGCUCUAGGUCCAACAAAUCGCACAUUAUCCAUAUCGCCAUCUGUUGAACUACCAGAAUUCAGAAACAUCACUUUUGAUGAACUAGUAGAGGCCUAUAUAGAGCAAGCCAAGGGACUACUUGAUGGUGGUGCUGAUGUUUUGAUUGUGGAAACUAUAUUUGACACCCUCAAUGCAAAGGCUGCCCUCUAUGGUAUUCAGCUCAUUUUUGAAACUGAAUACGAGCCAGUUCCUGUAUUUGUUUCUGGUACUAUAGUUGACAAAAGUGGUAGAACCCUAUCUGGCCAAACCGGCGAGGCCUUCAUUAUUAGUGUUUCUCACGUAAAGCCAAUGUGCCUCGGCCUCAACUGUGCCCUUGGUGCCACCGAAAUGAGACCCUUUAUAGAAGCCAUUGGAAACUUUACACCAGCCUAUGUUAUAUGCUAUCCUAAUGCAGGUUUACCAAACACUUUUGGAGAUUACGAUGAAACCCCUGAGAUGAUGUCUGCUCAUCUUGCUGAAUUUGCGAAAGACGGUCUGUUGAAUAUAGUGGGAGGUUGUUGUGGUACAACGCCGGAACACAUCAAGGCAAUCAAGGAAGCUGUUAGCAUCUAUAAGCCAAGGGUUCCUCCUAAGACUAUUCAUCCUGAAGCCUUGUUAACAUCAGGCCUUGAGCCCAUGAUAAUGGAGAAGCAUCUUUUGUUUGUCAACAUUGGUGAAAGGUGCAAUGUAGCAGGUUCCCGGAGGUUUGCUAAGCUCAUCGCUAAUAAUAAAUAUGAG